AUGAAUUCAUUCUCGUUCUCAAUGAUCCUCAACCUCCCCAGCUCGCCAGCAUGUCUCAGGGAUGACGAGGUUUCUUUCUUCACUGCAGAACUUUUUACCUUUUCAGCUCCACUAUUGUUACCGCCACAUCAUUGGCCUCACGAAAAAAAAUGGCUGCACGAUAGUAGCAAAAAUCUACUGUUGGCUCUAAUCACCAUCUGCAAAAGUAUUUCGAAGUAG